AUGAAGAAGCGGGCACACGACCCAGACUCGGACGCCACCACCUCCGCGCCGACCUCGAAACGGCAAAAGAUGGACGUGGACCUGCACCCUCUCCCACCGGCAGAACUCGCGCUCGCGUUGCCGAGCCUCUUGACGCGUCCACCCACGCAUGCUCAACAUCCCGCCGGCCUGUCCUUAUCGCGCGCGGCUGUGCACAACCUCCUCUCCGCACCCUCCAACCUCUCAACUGAAACCCAAACGCGCGCUUGGCUCCAACUAGCCGAACUAUCCAUCCAAUCCCUGCCCCUCCUCGCGCCCUCAAGCGACGAAGAAGAAUCAACGACAGCCGAGAUCGACCGCGCGCUGUCCAAAGUCCUCGCACUUGCGCCGAAGAACGAAUAUGGGAGGAAUAUGAAGACGCAGGCGACGUUGCUGCAGGUGCAGAUGGCCGCGGGGCGGGGGCAGGCAAAGUUCGCGCUCAAGUUGCUGGGGAGGUUGAUGAGUGGGUUUGGGGAGAAGGACCCGCCGGCGUUGGUUUAUGCUGCAAGGUUGGCGAAGGUGCAGCUGCAUCUGUCCGCGCCGAGGCCGGCGCCGCUCACGGUCGAGGAAGACGCGCCACCGCGGACGCCGCCGGCGGAUAAGGACCCCGCGCUGAGCGAGCUCCGCGCGGCGUUGGACGCGAUACGCGAGAUGAGAGCUCUGGCGGGCAAGAGCGGCGAGGGACAAGCACAUGUAGCCCUGCUCUGCUGCGUGUUGAGAGCGGGCAUCGUCGUCACGCGCGGACUAUGGACGGAGGCCGAGAGCGCGGUCAAGGACGCCGAGGAAGCGUUGGAGCUGACCUACCUGGAGAGUCCAAAGCCGGGCGCGUUGAGGCGAACGAGUACGGGCAACACAGCCGCCAGCGGCUCCUCGGCCCCGUCCACCACCACAGCCAACGACAAGGGCAAAUCCAAAGCCAAGCCGGAGACGUUCGUGAUGUUCGAGGACGCGUUCGAGGCGACGUGCGCCGCACAUGUCUUGAUCUAUUCGGUGGUGUAUCACACGCAUAUAGGCGACGCGACGGGCGCGGCGUUUCGGUUGAACCAUUUGCAUGCGUUGCUGGACGAGGGCGCGAUGAGUGCGUUUCCGGAUGGGGUGGUCGAGAUUCAACUACCCACAGGCCCACCCCUCUGCGUCCGCACAACUCCUCCACGCGUCCUCUUCGCCCUCGGCUACCUCGCAGGGCUGGAUAAUCUUGACGAGAAGGAAGGACCGGCUCUCGAAUUUCCGCUCUGGGCAAGUGCGAGUGAUGUGGAGGACGCAGGAUAUACCAUGAUUCGCAUUUGCGCUGACUUGUUGAGCAAGAUUGCUGGGCUGAGAUCUCCGCGGGACCUCCACUCUACAUCCGUGCAAUACACUCGUGUUGCCAACGUACUUUCGACUACGUCGUCUUCGCCUUGGCGUCCUAAGAGGGGUUUGGCGUAUCUCGCUUCUUCUCAUCUUCACGCACGCGUAGUUCGCGUACGGAACAGAAUGGAUGACAAACAGCGGGGGCAGGAGUCCAAGCGCUGUUCAAACGCCGACGGGCUGAUAAUCAAAUCGCGUCUUCUCUUCUGA